AUGGCAGGGCAGGGCAUGAAGGGAUAUUAUCAAAGAGAGAAGAAGAGAAGAAGGAGAAGAAGAAGAAGCGAGAGAAGGGAGAGGAAGAGGAAGAGGAAGCGGAGAUUGAUGAUGUUUAAGGACGAGGCAGAAGAAGCAGCAGAAGCAGCAGCAGCAGAAGAAGAAGAAGAAGAAGAAGAAAAAGGCGAAACAACGUGGUGGAAACUCUCUUCUUUUUCUUUCCUGCGUCCGUCCCUUGAGCGCUACACACUAACUCGUCGUCUUUUAUCGUCAACAAAUUCACCUCCCGCUGGCCUCCCGCUGGCCUGCUGCUGGCCUCUUCUUCUGCUUCUUCUGCUUCUUUUCUUCAGCCAAGCCAGUUAA